UAAUAUGCAAUAAACAGAGUUAAAAUACAAACACGGUCGUUAGAGUAGCCUGAUAGCAUUUAAAGUACACGCACGCAUCUCACACACUGUUCACUAGGCGGCCAAUUAAUCCUUGAGCAUCGGGAAAUCAAAUCAAAUCUAAGACAAUGAAUUCCUGUAAUUCACGGGGCAUUUGUUUUAUUCUGACACUAGUUAUCAGCUUGGAUUUGUUUUGUGCUGAAUCUGAUACAGUCACCAGCACCCCUUGUGAUUGUAAACAACUGUCAGAUAAUGAUGACCGACUUUCCACCUCAGUCGACCAACUCGAAGAGAAAAUGGCUCAACUGCAAAAUAAACUGAAUGAACAAGCUGAAGAAAUAACAGCCUUACAAAAGCUUGUCAUCAAAUCUCAAGCCGAUAUUCAUAGCUUGGAGGAGACAUGUACUAAAAAUUGUGAAGGAAAAGUUGGACCACAAGGAAAACGUGGAGUGCGAGGAUACAGGGGACAAAGAGGACCAAAGGGACCAACCGGUGCUCAAGGGUUUAAUGGUAGUCGAGGGGAAGCUGGUCCACCCGGUCUUAAAGGAAGUCAAGGAUUGCCUGGUCCGGCUGGAGAAAAGGGAGAAAUUGGUUCCCCUGGAAUAAAUGGAUCGAUAGGGAGACCAGGUGAAAAUGGAGAAAUUGGUCCCCCAGGAGUAAACGGAUCGAACGGCAGACCAGGUGAAAAAGGAGCAAUUGGAAGACCAGGUGAAAAUGGAGAAAUUGGUCCACCUGGAGUGAAUGGAUCGAUUGGCAGACCUGGUGAAAAGGGAGCAAUUGGUUCCUCUGGAGUAAAUGGAUCAAAUGGGAAUCCAGGUGAAAAGGGUUCAAUUGGCCCACCGGGAAUAAAUGGAUCGAUCGGCAGACCAGGUGAAAAGGGUGCAAUUGGCCCACCGGGAAUAAAUGGAUCGAUCGGCAGACCAGGUGAAAAGGGUGCAAUUGGCCCACCGGGAGUAAGUGGAUCAAACGGCAGACCAGGGGAAAAUGGUGCAAUUGGCCCACCUGGAGUAAAUGGAUCGAACGGCAGACCAGGUGAAAAGGGUGCAAUUGGCCCAACGGGAGUAGAUGGAUCGAACGGCAGACCAGGUGAAAAGGGUGCAAUUGGUCCACCGGGAGUAAGUGGAUCAAACGGCAAACCAGGGGAAAAUGGUGCAAUUGGCCCACCGGGAGUAAAUGGAUCGAACGGCAGACAAGGUGAAAAGGGUGCAAUUGGCCCACCGGGAGUAAGUGGAUCAAACGGCAGACCAGGGGAAAAGGGUGCAAUUGGCCCACCAGGAGUAAAUGGAUCGAACGGCAGACCAGGUGAAAAGGGUGCAAUUGGCCCACCGGGAGUAAGUGGAUCAAACGGCAGACCAGGGGAAAAGGGUGCAAUUGGCCCACCAGGAGUAAAUGGAUCGAACGGCAGACCAGGUGAAAAGGGUGCAAUUGGCCCACCGGGAGUAAUUGGAUCAAACGGCAGACCGGGUGAUAAGGGUGCAAUUGGCCCACCGGGAGUGAGUGGAUCAAACGGCAGACCAGGUGAAAAGGGUGCAAUUGGCCCAUCGGGAGUGAGUGGAUCAAACGGCAGACCAGGUGAAAAGGGUGCAAUUGGCCCAUCGGGAGUAAGUGGAUCAAACGGCAGACCAGGUGAAAAGGGUGCAAUUGGUCCCCCAGGAGUAAAAGGACAACCGGGUGAAAGGGGAGCAAUUGGCCUAACAGGACCAAAAGGUCAAAAAGGAGAUGAUGGUUCAAGCGGUUUGUAUAAUCUCUAGGUUCCCCAUCUAUUACUAUACACGUUACCACUAAAAAAAUAAUAUGGCCAUUUGUAAUUAUUGACUUAUUUUGAUUAUAAUCAGGUCAAUCGAUGUAAGUACAUGAAAGUUAUUGAGUGUGUAAGCAAGUGUUUAUUUUUUAUUUCAAUUCUAAUUUUGAUAAAUAAUUAUUUUGUUUCAAAGGAAUUCUGCCCAUGGGAUAUAUUGUAAAUCUUUAGAAACGUAU